GGAUGCGGCACAGUUGUACAUGGUUAUGACAGGCGGAGAGAUUGAGGAUGAAGCGGUCAUCGUCAGAGUGCUGGAUUAACUUGGUAAUCUGGACCCAGAAGUUCUUCGCUCCUGCAACUAUCUCCUGGCCAGUUGGACGGCGUAAGACUGGCCACUUGAAGUCUGGAUGUCGCUUCUCACCCAUCACAAAGCACUCAAUUGUGACGAUUGCGACUGGCGAGUGGAGAAGCUCGAUCACCCGACCAAAGACAACCUUGGCGUGCGGAUCCAAUGCAACAACCCAGCCUCCCUUCUGGAUCGCGUCACCACUCUGCGCUGUCAAGGUUUGC